AUACGUCAUUAGUGAUCACAUUGGUAUGGAGCUAAUGUGUUUAGCUACCUGCUCUCCAUCACCAGUCGACAUUCCGAUCAGAACUUGCUGGUAGUUGAACCGUAGUUCAUCGCCAUGAGACGACGACCCUUUCAAGAGUGUAUCUGCUGAAGGAGGAAACUGAAAAUAGGAACGAAUUUAAUUAUAAAAGAAUUAUGGAAUUAGAGAAAAAAACUACAAGAAGAAUACAACGAGCAAGGGAGCCGUUUCAAAGCUAAAUCCCUCCGACUACUACUACUACUAUUUAAAAUGAAGUUUGUCACUGCUGUUGCAUUAUUCCUUCUAUUGGAAGGACUAAUAGGUCUGGCAAGUUUAGAUGAAACAUGUGAAAUUGGAGCUUCAAGAACGGAAAAGUAUCUUUUGUAUACAGUGAAUCCAGGAGAAGGGUUUAAUCUGCGAAGGGAUGUUUAUUUAAGAGUAGCAAAUUUAGUACGCAAGUUGAAUGAAGUUGACAACUGGGUUUUGGUACUUCCACCUUGGGGAAAUUUUUAUCAUUGGAAAAAUACCAGGCACAACAAAUACUUCCCUUGGAGCAGUUUUUUUGACUUGAGUAGCCUCAACCGUUGGAUUCCUGCCAUGGAAUUAGAGGAGUAUCUGAAAGCUCAAGGUGGAACAGUGGAUACAACAUUCAUCUUACAACAUUAUGCUGAAGGCUGGUCUGGAAAUUGGGAGGAAAAGUAUGAUGAAAGGCCUUGUAAUGAACAAGUUCCAUUCAUCCACAGUGAUGAAAAUGGUCAGUGGGAUGGACAUCUCUGGGGAACUCAAAUUACCACCAAAAACUUCUCCUGCAUUUCAAUCCAGGGACAUGCUUCAACACUUGUGCCACUUAUAAGAAAAACUGAUGUUAGAUCUGUAUUGGUAGGAAGAGCUGAAACAGUAUUACAUGACGAAUUUGGUGGAAAGUGGUUCUGGUCUGCCCGUCGAAGCAUGAGAUUUGCUCAUCAUUUAGUAGCUGAGGCUAACAGAUUCCGAAAUGAAUUUUUGGACUCUGGUGAUGCAAGGGAUCAAACGAUAACAGAAGACUGGAGAGAUACUAAGCCCAAACGGGGUGCUGCCCAAGGAGGUCCAUACUUGUCUGUGCAUUUACGCAGAAGAGACUUUAUUUAUGCAAGAGGGGAUGAGGUGCCUUCCUUGACAAAGGCAGCUAAACAGUUGGUGAAGAUAUUAAAGUCUUAUGAUCUCAACAAAGUGUUUAUUGCUACUGAUGCUUCACUUGAUGAAAUUGAGGAACUUAAGCUCAAGUUGAACGAAUAUGAAGUUUACUACUAUUCUCCAAGCCCUGAGUUUUUGAAUCUCUGGGGAGAUGGUGGAGUUGCAAUUGUAGAUCAAAUUAUCUGCUCAUAUGCAAGGUUUUUUAUUGGAUCCUAUGAGUCUACCUUCUCUUUUCGAAUUCAAGAAGAAAGAGAAAUUUUAGGUUUUCCAGUUGAAACAACUUUCAACAGAUUAUGUGGGAAAAAGAAGAAAUGUGAACAGCCAGCAAAAUGGAAAAUUGUAUAUUAAGGAACAUAGGAGCAUAAGUAUUAUCAAAAACAGUAUUAAAUUACUACGUUUUUGCAGUUUAUGCAAUUAUAUUUUUGUUUAAAUAAGAUUCAUGAUAAACUUAUCAGAAUAGCAUAUUUGUAUUAAAUACAAACUUUUGCCUUAGAACUUAUGAUAUUGGGCCAGAGGGAAGGGUAGAUAAGAAUUUACUUAAAUAUGGGUACUUUAAAAGCAAUAUAAAUAUAAACUGAAGUCUUGUAAUCUGAAAGUUAUUGAAAGCUUUCAGUAAUAGUUAGAAUUAUGGCUAGAGCAAUGAAACUCAAAUGGUAAAACUUUAUUAUUACACCCACUCUUAAUUUAUUAAUCAUCCCAUUCAGCACUUUUCCCAUUUACAACAAUAGUAAAAGAUAUUAUCCACAUUCUUUUACAUGAGUGCAGUGCAUGUUGGGCAGCAAUGAAUGCCAGGAUCAGGGACUUUUAUCUCGCCCAGAUUUCUCCCAAAGCUGUAUGAUUUGUCAAUCAAUUAUGCUAGCAUGUUGACAUGAAAAAACAUUUUUGUAAGUGAAGUAAGCAAGGACACUCACUGAAGCCAAAGACUUGAGGUUGUUUUCAGAUGCACACUACUUGAUAUACCUUUUUUUUUUAAUACGCGUUUUAACAUAAUUUGGAUCAGAAUACACAAAAACUACAAGAAACAUGCAAUUUAAAAUUUUUUUAAAAUCUAGAUUCAACUCAAAACAUGGAAUUGUUGAAAAUUACUAUGUUAUGAAACCUACAGGAGGUUAAGUUUACCCUAUUAUUAAUUCAGUCACCCCUCUACUUAACGAACAUUCAGAGAUACGAACAGACAGGGUCACAAGUUAUUAAUUCAGUCACCACUCAACUUAACGAACAUUCAGAAAUACGAACAGACAGGGUCACAAGUUAAAAUUGUGUUUGGAGCACUCUCCUUAGCCACCCAGAAGUUCAAAUUUUGCUCUGCACUCCUAUUCUGUCUAGUACAAAUUCUUGCCGUACAAGGGGAAAAUAAUAAGCUGUUCUCUUACAAUCCCGCGAAUGCCUGUAAAUAGUAAUACUCAUAAUAGUCCUACUUAUUUGCUUCAAAAUUUAAUUCAUUCUUAAAUGAAUCCCUGUUUGUUUAUAAUUUUCCCCACUUGUACUGACCCUUCCCUUAAAACCUCUUCCACUGUUCCAUCGACCAAUCAAGACAUACUGAAUGGGGAUUAGUUGCCUCACAUAUGUUCCCUCUGCAUCUACUACGUGUUGGAUGAGGAUCCGUAUUCGGUGAUGUUGGGAAGUGAAAACAAGGAACAAGGAAAUCCAUCAGCACCCAGACAAGCGCCUUAGUGGCAUGAUCGGUAUGGUCUUGGCCUACUACCUCGGUGGGCGCGAGUUCAAUUCUCGGGCAUUCCACUGAGGGGUUAGAGGUGUGUAUUUCUGGUGAUAGACGUUCACUCUCGACAUGGUUCGGAAGUCACGUAAAGCUUUUGGUCCAGUUGCUGAAUAACCAUUGGUUGCAUGCAAUGUUAAAAUACCAUACAUUUCCUUUGCUUCUUGAGAGAUCCAGAAGAUACAUUUGCAGAAGGGUUGAGUGGAUCAUUAUAUCCUAGCACUCGUUCACAAAUGCCAGAAAUCCACACAAAAACACAUAAAGUAAGUACAGGCAAACCAAAUUGUUUUAGUGAGGAGAGAGAAUAAAAUGUCCUCACUCAAAGGUGGUAAAAGAGUAACUGGUGAGAUCAUGAGUUGCUGCUGGGGAUAUGGGUGGUCCCACUCAUCUCAUGACUAAGGACAGAUGCCACUAGUCCCUUGCAUUUACAAUUUUAUUAAAUUUUUACUGGUUUCCAGCUGACCCUAGAAGAUUUAUCUUAAUGUAAAGUCCUCAUGUUUGUUUUUUUUUAUGAAAAAUACAUAUUUGAUAAAUUUGCCAUUUUUGUCAAUAUUUUGAUGGUGGCUUGGCUUUUUCUUAUGAACUUCAAAAGUCAGACGCUGCUCUUGUGAAAUUCUUUCAAAGUUCAUAACUUUCAAUGCAUGGUAAAAUACUCAAUUUUGAAUAUUGGAUAAAUCUAAAUUUUAGAUUCUUUUUACCUUUCUAAAAUCCAAAGUAAUUCUUUAUAAUAGUGCACAAAUUCAUGACUCCUGAGUUAACUUGGCAGUGUCAACACAACAUAUUUCAAAGCAAUAUCUUGCUAAGUUUUAUAAAUUUUUCAACAAAAAUUAUGCACUAACUUCUGAACAAAUAGAUAUGAACAGUGAUCCGGAAUGUACCUUGUUAGGUUGGGUAGUGACAGUAAUAUUUUGCCUGAAGUUUAUCCUAAAAUUUAUUAAAUUAUAGGCCAAAUUAACUAUAAAACCAGAAGUAAUAAGCCUAGCAAUUCAUUCAUAUUUUUAAACUAAAUUUUCUUGUAAUAAGUAAUUUCUAAAGAUAUUAACAUAUAUUUUAAGUACAGUACUAUUAUAAAAGUUAAAUAAGUUAAUAAUUUAUAAUAUAGUAGUAAUCAUAUAGUAGUAUAAAUGUAUGUAGUGUAUGUACAUGUAUUAUGAAAAUAUACUAGUCCUUUAUGAUAAAUGCUCAGAUAGCCUUAAUAUUUCUCUGAUUCCAAUUAGAAAAUUAAUAAAAUCUAUUAAAUGCUAUAUAGUAAGGGUCAGUUGUAAUGGCCUGUCCACACUAGCAGGUAGCUGUUUAUAUUUUCUAACUUCUGAAGCAGUGUUACCAGGCAAUCUCAUUGUUCUGGCUCCAUACUCAGUCGAUCAGUAUAGUGGAACAGGUUAUGGGAGCAGUGUUUGUCCGUUGAGCAGUGCCUGCUUGUGUGGACAGGGCCUAAUAUAGACAAAACUUCAC